UCUGGCUUCUUCAGUACCCCACAAAAUAGCACUAAAAAAUGUGUAUAAAACCUCCCGAGGUCUUAGACAGAAAAUCCAAACAUUCUUUCAGAUGGCAAAAAUCCAUCCCCAAGUCCCACAUGCUUCUCUUGUCCCCGUUCCUUUCACGUCCAAGCAAGAAACUUUCACUAUUUGGAUGAAAUCUCUGAUACUGAGCAGCAAAGGCUGCACUGUAUUUGAUUCAAACGGCCAGAUUGUUUACCGUGUCGAUAACUACAAUUGCAAGUGCAGCGAUGAAGUUUACCUCAUGGAUUUAACCGGCAAAGUGUUAUUCACCAUACGGAGAAAGAAAUUUAAGCUGGUUAGGUUCUGGGAAGGGUAUAGAUCAUCCGAUGGAACAGUUAACGAUGAAGAUAAAAGGCCAGCUUUUCGAGUUAGAAAAAGCUUCGGGAUAUUAGGAGGGGACUCGCUCUGUGACGCUAUUGUUUGGUUAGAUAAAGAUCAACAAUGUCAUUAUUAUCGGAUUGAAAGCUGCGCAGGCAAGUCUUCAACAUUCAAGAUUGUAGACAAAUUUGGCCGCCUUAUUGCUGAGGUGAAGAGAAAGCAAUCAAAAUGUGGAAUUAGUUUAGGAGAAGAUGUUUUAGCAAUGGUGGUGGAGCCCCAUAUUGACCAUUCCCUCAUCAUGGGCCUUUUUGUAGUGUAUAGUCUUAUCAACUGUAAAAUGUGAAAUUGGUGAAGCCAAUAGAAGUACUAUAAAGCAAAGCUGUAAUUAAUUCUUAUUCAUAUGUUUAUUAUGUAUAAAGUGUUGAUUAUUCUUCCA